GUCUAACUUAAGGCAGCUCCUUGAUUAGCAUAAGACUGGGUGGCUGCCUUGUUUCCUGCCUUCAAUAGCUAUUCACUGUAGUCGAGGCGGAGAGGAGCAGGGAGGCAAGGCAAGGCAAACGCACCGGAUUUGCAGAAAGCAAAGCGCGUUGGGCUUAAUCUCGCGGUCCGGCUGCCCCCCAAGGCUGGAGGAGCUGGCACGGCUCGACGGGCGCAGACGUAGGCAAACACAGGCGGUGAUGGGAAAAGAGGAAUAAGCGUGCAUGCGAGAAGGAAGGAAGGACGGCCGGCUGCAGGAGCCUGGAAGAGACGGGACUCGGGAGCCCUCGGCCAUGAUGACCAUCUGCAUCGAGCACCAUCGCUGCUGCCUGUAGGUUUAUGUACACCUUGAAUGGGCGCGCGAGCGAGGGAUCCUUGCUCUGCCAGUGCGGCAGGAGGAGCUGCGAGAGCUGCUAACGGGGAGAAUGGUCGCUGCUGCUGCUGCAGCCAUGAUUUUUCGGCUGCUCCAUUGAUGUUUUGCUCGGAUUCUGAUAGGUUGGAGAAGGGCGGGGGAAGCCAGCCUUUGGCCGCUACCAGCACUUCCCCGCGAUUCCUAUGGCAUUGCAGACCCGAUGCUGCUUUGCUUUGCUCCCUGCCGUCUUUCGGGUCAAGCCCAAAGGCAGCCUGCUUUGCCUAAUUCGCCCGGGCCUUUUGUGUUGCAGAUCACAGUUGGCCGAGCCUUUCUGUGCUGAAUCGACCUAUUGUUUUGGGACCCCAGAGCUUCCACGCUGCAGAUCGCUUCUCUUCUCCCCCCCUCCCCCCUUUUUUUCGGUCGCUCUCCUCCUCCUCCUCCACCGCCACUACCCCCCCGCCUUAGAAGCCACAUAAUUUGCCUCUCUUCCACAUGACUCUGGAAGCUACAAGCCGGGCUUGAGCGCCAAUGAAGUGUAAUGCAUUGUGGGACGUGUGUAAAAGAAUUGGAUCUUUCCAAGGGGGGAAAGGAAAGGACCUGCGGUCUGCUUGAUGGACAAGGUAGUGGCAAAAUGUUGCUUGCAGAGCCGACCCGAGCGGUGCCUGUAAAGAGACGUGUGUAAAACGAGUGCAGCGAGCAAGCCGUGAGGCCUCCUGGCUCAUGCCGCUCCUGCUGCUGCUGCUGCUGCUGUUGCUGUUGCUGCUGCUCGUGGUGGAUUAGACUGCAGGUAGCCUCAAAAUGAAGAAGACGCGAAGUACAACCUUGCGGCGAGCCUGGCCUAGCUCUGAUUUUUCUGACCGGGCCUCUGAUCGCAUGAGGUCCCGCAGUGAAAAGGACUACCGCCUGCACAAACAUUUCCCCCCAGCUUUCCUUUCCCAGGCUUCACGGGGCUACAUGACAUCUGGUGAUGUAUCGCCCAUCAGUAUGUCUCCCAUCAGUCAAUCACAGUUUAUCCCACUUGGGGAAAUCCUUUGCUUGGCCAUUUCUGCAAUGAACUCAGCACGAAAACAAGUCACGCAAGACGCGCUAAUGGAACACCUAACAACCUGUUUCCCAGGUGUUCCAACGCCAAGUCCAGAAAUCCUUCGUCAUACCUUAAACAUGCUGGUACGGGAGAGGAAAAUAUACCCAACACCAGAUGGCUACUUCAUUGUGACCCCACAGACUUAUUUUAUAACACCAUCCCUUAUUAGAACUAACAGUAAAUGGUACCAUCUGGAUGAGAGGAUACCUGACAGGUCUCAGUGUACCUCUCCACAGCAAGGAACUAUAACGCCUUCCACCUCGGGCUGCGUCAGAGACCGGACAUUACCCAAAAACCACUGCGACUCCUGCCAUUGUUGUAGAGAAGACAUGCACAGCAUGCAUGCCUCCACUCUACAGAGGAAAUCGGCAAAAGACUGCAAGGACUCCUACUGCCCCCCUUCCAUGUGCCAGGUGCCACCCACUGAAAAAAGUAAAAGUACUGUAAAUUUUUCGUAUAAAACAGAGACACUUACAAAGCCUAAGGAUGGAGAAAAGCAGUCUAAGAAAUUUGGGUUAAAAUUGUUUCGACUAAGCUUCAAAAAGGACAAGACAAAACAGCUGGCCAACUUUUCUGCCCAGUUUCCUCCAGAAGAAUGGCCUUUGAGGGAUGAAGAUACCCCUACCACUAUACCUAGGGAGGUAGAGAUGGAGAUUAUUAGGCGUAUUAACCCAGAUCUAACUGUGGAAAAUGUCAUGAGGCACACUGCACUAAUGAAGAAACUUGAAGAAGAAAAAGCUCAACGAAGCAAAGCUGGAUCUUCAGCUCACCAUAGUGGGAGAAGCAAAAAAAGUAGAAGUCAUAGGAAGUCUCAUGGGAAAUCUCGGUCACAUAGCAAAACUCGGGUCUCUAAAGGGGAUCCUUCAGAGGGCUCCCAUUUGGACGUUCCGGGUGAAAGAGAGUAUGAUUUCUAUGAUCCCCUCACAAGGUCCCCACGUGAAGGCUGUUUCAUAAUAGAACACAAGAGGGACAAUUUCAUUAUGCACAGCAGCCCUAACGUUCUUGAAUCUCACUUUCCUAUGACACCUGAAUGGGAUGUAUCUGGUGAACUAGCCAAAAGGAGAACUGAAAUGCCUUUUCCUGAACCUUCAAGGGGAAGCUCCCAUUCUAAGGUCCAUCGAAGCCACAGCCAUACGCAGGACCGAAGAUCAAGGAAUGAGAGGUCUAAUAAAGCCAAGGAGCGGUCUCGAUCAAUGGAUAACUCCAAAGGACCUCUGGGUGCUCCUUCUUUAGGUACACCUGAAGACAUAGCUGAAGCUUGCAGUCAAGAUGACCAAACAACCAGCCAAACGUACAUUGACGAUAGCACCUUAAGGCCUUCUCAAUCACUCAGUCAUCAAAGGGCUCUUAUGUCAUCUGCAAACUACAAAGAAGUAGUUAAACCUGAAAAGACUGGUGGCAAUGCAGAAACUCCCAUUUCCUGUAGCCUCUUGGAACAAAGCAAGCCAGCCGAGAAUUUGCCCCCGUAUAAUGAGCUCAACUCCUGUACAACGAAAUCAGCAAUUGAUGAUUAUUUUCAGUGUAACACUUCUAGCGAAACUGUACUUACUGCUCCUUCACCUUUGGGGAAAAAUAAAGAAGACCACGACACAGUGAUUUUGACAGAAAGUGUUAAAAAAGUGUCUCCCUCAGAAAGGCAGUCUCAGCACAUAGCCAGAGAGCCUGGGGUGCACAAAGAGGAGUCACCUAAAGGGCCAAACAGCAGCGGUGGACCAGUUGCAACUAGCCAAACCCCCGAAGUGAUUGCAAAUGGCCGACUGGUUCAACACCACAACACGGAAUCUAGUAGCCUUGAUAAGAGGAAAGAAAUAUUUAGUAAAGACACACUUUUUAAGCCUCUCCACAGUACUCUCUCUGUGAACAGUUUUCACAAGCCUAGUGUGCCACUACUAAAACCUCAUCAAAAGACACCUUCUGAUGCGUUGCCAGGCAGAGGCGACAAACUCGAGCAAGCUAUGGUGACCUCCGUAACACAAGUCCUACCUGUUUCACAGAGACAGCAAGAAACAGCCGGGAACCAAGAGGCAUCCUUUGACUAUUACAACGUAUCGGAUGAUGACGAUUCUGACGAAGGGACCAACAAGAACGCUGAAGAAGAAAAGAACCGGGAUGAUGUGGGCACUAUGCAGUGGCUUCUUGAGCGGGAAAAAGAAAGAGACCUGCAAAGGAAGUUUGAGAAGAAUCUGACUCUCCUUGCUCCAAAGGAAACGGAAAACAGCAACAACCAGAGAGCCACACAUUCAGCAAGACUGGACAGCAUGGACAGCAGCAGCAUCACCGUCGACAGUGGGUUCAAUUCACCACGUACUCGUGAGAGCUUAGCUUCCAACACGUCAAGCAUUGUUGAAAGCAACAGGCGCCAGAACCCAGCUCUCAGUCCUGCACAUGGUGGUGCAGGUCCAGUGUUCAGCUUCCGUGCAACUGCUGACCCGCCAACAAGCGAAACUGAAAAACUGCAGAAACCUGCUAAUUGCCUGCAAGCUUCUGUUACAAGUGUUUAAUAGUGCUUCUGCCUCAGAUCUUCUGUCUCAUCCUAUACAGCAAAGUUUACGACGCUGGGACUGAUGUUUACGUCUUUUGGAGGGGGGGGGAAACCAGGCAUCUCAACCGCACAGUUUUUGUGUCUACCUAAACUGUGUUGCUACAUAGGCUAGGGACAACAAAGAAAUCUUUAUUUCAAGGUAUUGCUUUUCACAUUUUGCGGCUCUGUAGCAAGAGAAUAGCAGUAGGGAUAAUAUGUACACUUUUGCUUCACUUAAUCGUAACUGAGCACAUAUAUGAAAGUCUAGACACUGUAAGUGUAAUCUGCAUUUUCAAUGUCAUGCAGUUGCCAACUUCAUUUUAAAAUGCCACAGAUAUGUGAUGCCCCCUACCACUGGUUAAACUAUUUGCCACAGAGAUGGUUCUUUUCCUUUAUAAACUGAGCCUUUGUUGAAAGUAAACAGCUAAGGGUCACCUUGAGGGAAAACAAUGCGAAAUGAGUCUAGGAAAGACCUCAGCUCUACCUGUGAAUUAUUUAUACAUCUGUCAUUUUCACUGUGAGUCUUCAUGACAUGAUCUUGCAAGAAUCCAUAGCAAAAGUAAGUCAAAAGAGGUUGUGUUUUUGGGAAGAGGUGGGGAAUAAUGGAGAUGUUAUCUAUUUUUACUUUGAUUUUUUUAAAGUAUGAGAUGUUUACCUAAAACUUAUUUCUUAAUUUCCCCUAGUUGAAAGCAGGGAUAUAAGACUUUGAAUUGAAGGUGAGGAAGGAGAAACCUAACUUUGAUUGAGGCACAUCACUAAGUGAUAGAAGAGGUAACAGGUGUUUUUUGUUUUUAAAAAUAUAAAAGGCAAGUAAAGUGAUCACUUUUUUUAAUGUGUCACUCCAGUUGUUACCCCAAAUUAUUAAUAUUAUUAUUAUUAUCAAAGUAAUUUGGAAGAAGAAGAAGAAAGAAGAAGAGGAAGAAGAAGAAGAAGAAGAAGAAAGCUCUUUGUGAUACAAAUGAUGAAUUAUGGCCUGAAGGGUUGAUUUCUUUCUAUGGAAGGACAUAUUAUAUUUUUAUUUUAUGUAGCUUUUAGAGUGCCUAAAUUAGGCUAUUGAAACUAGCAUACACUGUAGAGAAAAGAUUUAGAGACUAAUAAACUUCAGGCCUUUUAUUGAAUUACAUUUCUUUGUGAGUAAACAUUGUAUGGAAAUACUUAGUUUAAAAAUAAUCAUGAGUUUUAAAUGUGUCCAGGUGGAUCGCUGAUGAAGAGAGAUUAUUUGUUUGAUCUGAGAAAAUGAGAUAUUCGUUGAUGUACUCAAAAGCUUGCUAAGUUUUUCAUCAACAAAGGUUAGUUCAAUAAAAGACAUCGCGUUACCUCUUUUGUGAGUCUCACAAAGUUGAUAGCAGAAGUUCUGUAUCCACAGGUUUAUUAUAUCUAAUGUGUAUGUCCUGAAAUUGCUAAUCCAAAGUAAUCUAUUUUUUAAGAAAAGUAUUCUAGAUUAAUGUUUAGAGAGAUCUGCAAUUUCAAGAGUAAACUUGAAAAGCAUAAAGGGCCAAAUUCUGCUGUCUGUUAUUUAUGCAACCCAGUACUGCAUAAAUUUUGUUUUCAAACAAUCAUAAUGGUGGUACAAGUAGAAUAAUAAAAUACAAUAAGAAAGAUCAGAAGCAGUGUAAAUUGUUGUAUGGAUUAACAUUUACACUAUCUGUCUUUUGUUGAUACCCAGGUGAUAUAACCAAGCAUACCAUUAAAGACGGUAUUUUCAUCAGGUACUGGUGAUGAUCUGUAUAACCUGUUCAAGCUUCACUUGUGUUCUGUGUUGUCUUCUGAAAGUGCACUCUUACCUUAAACAGUUUUAAACAGCUUUCAGGUGCUUAUUAAAUAGCUUUACAAACACUGGGCACAAUUGGUUUCAGUUUACACCAGGGUAAAUCAGUCCAUUGCAAAUCCAGGGCACUCUGGUACAUAUGCAGGGACUCAGAUGUGUGUUUAGUACUGAACAAACUGGAGCUCUUCCUUUAACUUUAGUGUUAGGAAAUGCUCCAUACAUGAAAUCCCAUUGUGCACACUGAGCCUUCUGGGUCCUGUGAAGCUUUGAGUUGUAGCCCUGCUAACUGGAACAACCAGUGAAGGAUCAGGCCUAGAUACUUGCUUUAUUAUCAUGUAUACAUUCUAUUUGCUACAAGUAGUGAGAUGGCUCAGUGCAUAUAAUGGAGAUUAUUAUGCUGCUUGGUUGGUUAGUUACUUGGCCUCCUGCCUUAUAAAUACCUUUGAAGCUAUGGUAUAAUAACCUAGAAAUGCAUUGCCUGACAAAUCUCAUUCCUUACAUAGGUAACUCUGGGAAUAUUUAAUACAUGCAGAUUCCAGAGUUAUUAGGUUUUGGGCAGGAAAUUGCUAUACAGUAGCAAUGUGGGGGGAAGGUUUGGAGACAUGCUCUGAUAUUUAUAGUAUGCAUCAAUUCACUACAAUUGCUGGAAUGAUAUCAGAAUUCAUAACUGAAAGUAAAAAUUAAUAUGUCGUAUAAAAAUGUGAAUGAGGAAGAUAUUACCAUGUAUGGAAAAUAUGCUUCCAUUAGUUAAGAUUAUUGAAAUGGAUACAUUAAGCAGUUAUACAAAAGACAUCAUUCCAGUGUUUUAACAAUAAAUUCUCCCUCGGUUGACAUUUAAAGGUCCCCAAAGACAAGCUUUUAAAAGGUCCUGUUAAUAUUGGCAUGGCUAUUGGCCAAUAAUGUUUGUGGCAUUUUAUUAGCGUUAACGUGACUCUCGGAACAUGUUAUAUAAAUGAAACUUACAUAAAGAAACAUUCUUAAUGUGCAUUCUUUUCAAAAAGAAAUAUAAAGAAAGUCCAUUUUGAGAUUAUAGACAUAUACUCACAGGAGUGGAGCUUGAGUGUUUUUGUCACUGUUAUCCUGUGAUGAAAUCAUGAUGACCUUAUAUUGCAUGGUUGAUCAUCUAUCAUCCUUCUAAUGUAUCAACUUAAAAGGUUUACAGAACCAGAAUGCGUUGAAUCUCUAUGUUGUGUUCAACUUUAAAGGGUCAACACAAAUCUGUCGGCAUUUUGCACACUUGAUAUGUAUUAUUAUAAUACAACAUGUUACUUUUAUGGUAAAAUUCUUUUUUACACAUAUAACUACCUCCAUGAAUUUGAUGAAAUGCAGCAACAUGUCUUUUUUUUAAAAGGGUAUUGUUAAGAGCGACGUUUAAAACUUUAUGAAGAAAUAGGCCAUGACGUUCUCUUGUGUGUCGGUGCUUGCAUAUGAAGUCAUUUUUCAUUGCCAUGAUUUCCUGUUACUGUAUUCAAUUGGCUUUUGGCUUUAGUAGUACGAGAUUUUAUACAAGGGUCAUAGAAUCUUUUAGAUAAGCAAAGGGGAGGGGGGCUCAAAUUUGUCCUUUGUCUUUCCAUUUCUGCUGAAGUUUCUACCUGGUAGAAAGUCUAGUGUUGCUUGUACUUUAGAAGCCUGUUAAAUAUAUACAGUAUAUGGAAUAUGAUUGGCAGUUUGGGGCUUAGCAGAAGACACACCGGGUAUUUUACUGCCUCCAUUUAAACUCUUUGGGCCCUAUUCUGCCUUCAUUUAUGGCAACAUAUCAUGCCAGAGUUUAGCUUAAAUCUUUGCAUUAUCUGCCUCCCAAGUGGGCCACUGGCGUAAUACGCUCUCAGUUUUCUCAAUCAUGCGCAUCUUGGGGGUUGAAUACUAUAGAGCCCAAUAUUUUUCACAAUGAGAUAAAUAGUCUGAGAUCCUGAUAUUAGUGUUAAUAAUAACAGAACCACCAAAUAAGCCGUAGGAGUGUUUUUCCUUUAAACAUACAGUAAAAAGAGCGAGGAACAGUUAAGAAAGUAUCUUCAGAAGCAUCCUUUGUGAGGGUGGGGGUGACAGAAAUAAGCGCAUUGAAUGGCAGCUGCCCUUCAAGGCUAUGAUUGCUCUAUAAAUGUGCUAGGUAUAUUUUUAGGGGGUUGUUCAGCUAAAUCCAUGCCAUUAUCACUCACACAGAAAUGCAAAACAAGAUUGGAGGAGCGUAUUGUUAGAACCUUUUAACUAGUUAAAAUAAUGCUGGCUUUAUCGUAGUCAGGGCUGUGAAUGUUCUGUACCUGAAAAAAAAUCCCAAUUCUACAGCAAAGUCAUCCAGAUUCUGUACCAAGAAGAGCCAUCUCCUGAGAAAUAAAUAUGUUUUCCCUGCACCAGCUACAUAUAGAAGAAGGAGAGGGAGGGAGACACACAUAGGAUUGAAGCCACACACAUCCCAACCACUGGUAGUCGUGUGCAGAGCCAUUUUAAAAAUUUUAGCUUUUCCCUUGUGUAUUUUUGAGCCUCCUGUUUGACUCUUAUGCAGGACCCAGAUUCCAGUCCACACAUGUGCGGUACUGUCAUGGACACACAGAAUAAAUAUAGUCCUCAUUGUAAUAGGCAGAUUAGCAUAAAUAGCUGUGUGGUUUUAAAGCAUUCUUGCCUUUAGUAAAUCACCAGCCAUAUCUGUCAAUUGGAAGAAGUAGCAAUUAUUUCCCUCACCACUUUCCGGGGGGGGGGGGCAAAGUUUUGCUAUAAAGAGCAGUUCAUGAAAGAUUGGCAAUGCACUGCUACUGUACUUUUUCCUGAAAAUCUCAAGCAUUUUGCAAAUUUAACUAGUAGAAAUAAACUCCAUUGCAGUCAAAUGACUUGUUUCCAAGUCAAUGUAGCCAGGUUCCAAACCCUCUCAAAUACAGGGUUUCCCUCAUUCUACUUGUUUGACUGCCUAGUGACACUGAACAUUUGUUUAAUAUUUAAAAUAAGUUCAGCGUUAACAUUACGAAGUUAGUUUUUAAGCUGUCUAAGAAAAGAAACCGUUUUGGAGCCUUGAAGUGGCCCUUAAUACAGUGCCAAAAUAUUUUAACUUCCAGCAACAUAGCCAUUCUCACUAGUGAAAAAGAACUAAAAUUACUACACACGAGAGAAAUACUAAAAUACAUAUUUUGAACAAGCCUUUUCCAAAUGUGAAAUCGCUGAGUUCAGUAAAUUAGAGACUGCUGUAGUUUAUAUUCCUCUCUGCUCCUCCAUAGAAUAUUUCCAACUAAUUUCAUUAACUUAAAUAAAUCACUUUUAAGUUAUAAUCCUACAGAUAAUCAUCCCAAUCUAGUUCAUUUGAUUUAUACCCCUCUACUUCCAAAAUGUAAUACUCCUCUUUACCCAUUAGACAAUCAAGGCAUACUUUCCGUUGCCUAACAAGUGACCAUCGCAGCAUCACUUUGAGAGAGAGCACACACAGAAACCAGUUGCUAAGUGUAGGUUUCUCCUAUCUUGCAGCUGUCUUUCGAGCUUGCUCUGCUGGGUUUGGGCAAUGGGAUGAAAUAAAAGUAUAAUGAGAUGUCACAGCCAUGCUAGUCUUUUGCAGCAUAAGUGAAGAGUGUUCUGGUACCUUAAAAACUAAUAAAUGUAUUGUGGCAUCAGCUUUCGUGGCCCACAGUCCACUUCCUGCACAUUCCACAGAGCAGCUGUUAGUCUUUAAGGAGCCACAACACUUUUUUUCAUUCUAGUUCCACCUUCGCUUUCAUGUGAAAUUACUAGAAAAUACUUAAGCCUCUGUGUUUUAAAUUCGUUUCAGUAUUUCAGUUUUAAGAACAUGUCGUGAAAAUGGUCCCAGCCCAGCCCAACGGGGUGUGUGCAUAGAGGUGUUUUGUGACUUGUAUUCACAAAAUAUAGCAUGAGAGGGAUUGAUUAUCUCUUAAACUAAAUAUGUUGUACAGCAGGCCUGUCGCUCACAAUAUUACAGUCUGCCUUGGAUCUGCAAGGACAUGGGGCUCAAAUCUAAAGUGCCUGAUAGGCUCAAUACAUGACUGCUGGUCCAUCAUUGUUCUGUUGGGGGUGAGUUAAGAUGGCUUGCUCUAUAGUAUGGCCACAGCCUAAGUGGGACUAUGAUGGAAGCAUCCCAUAGUUGUAAGUAUCCCAUAGUUCCCAUAGUUCAUAGAAAAUACGGUGACAGUUCCAGCAUCAUAUGACUGAGAAGCAGAGGCCGUGUUAACCACUUUAGAAAAGUUUAAAAUAACAGUAGCCUAUGCAGCAUAUACAAGAAUAGUUAAUGAUAUGAGAGAAGUUGUUUUGGUCCAUCUAACAGUGGCAGAAGCAAAGUACUUCUGUUGGGAGAUGGUUCCCAGGUCACAGUUUAUCAUAGAGCCAUUGUGUAUCAUAUUCUGCAACUGCCAGACUCCUAUCAUGCCAAGUAUAUGAUGCACAAACACAAACUCACCAGAGUGCCUCCACUUUGAGUUGUUCUGCAUCAUAAAAGUACCCUAAGAAACAUUAAGCAAACUGUUCUUUUCUCAUUGACAAACUCUCUCACACACACCCCUUGAUGCUAUUCCAUAAUGAUUCACAACAAUACUGUGAUUAGAGGUUAUAGACAGUUUAAAUUCCUUACAGACACCCACCUGUGAGCAUGAAAGAUAGGGCCCGUUGAAUAAUUGGCACAGAUGUUAACUUCUGUAUGAACAGGAGACUUAGAUUUAAAGGGAUCAUAAUUCUGCAGGUAACCUGUGAGUGACUGAAUGUGGUUGUUGCUUUAGGUUUAAAUGAGUUAAUAAAUGCAAGUGGGACUUACUGUAUGCUAGAAGGGAGUUUUGCAACCAAGACUGCCUUGUAUAAAUGUGUUUGCACUGAAAAAAAAUAUUAAAAUUACUUGGUCUCUGGUUGCUGUAAAGGUCAUCCGAACUGGAUGUUCUGUUUAUAUUGUAUAGUAUUUCAUAUGAAAUAAUACAGUUCAUGAAAUGUCUUCCCUUAACGUUACUGAUUUAUAACAGCACAUUUGUGACAUGGUUUUUAUUGUUUCAGUGUACCAUAUUGUAAAUGAUGAUAACUUGUCAUGCUUAGUAUAAUAACUUAAAAGAAAAAAAAGGACAGGGAUUUUUGUAAGUCUAUAUUUGAAAGUCCCUCCAUAUGGUAAUAUUGUGUUCAUGUUGUUUAUGUAGUGUUGUGUGAAAUAUCCAUUUUGGAUUGUGUUACUUUUUAAAAUAUUAAAUAACAUUUGGUUAUA